UGCACUAGAUGAAGAACAGUUCAGUUGAUUUGUACUGAAGUUGUAACUUCCACAGUUUACUGUAGGAGCUGAUUUCCCUGUAAGUGAAGCGUGUGAUGAUACAGGGUUAGAUUUAACACCGCCAUGUUGGAGUGAAGUAAAUAUGUGUCCUGCAGUGUUUCUCUCUCUAAUGAAGCGCUGGAGCGUCAGGCGUCUCUUCCAAUUGGGGAAAAUCGCUAGUUCUUUUAAAAUGGUGUCACUGGGCUCAGUGCUUCAUUUGGAAAUCUGCAACUUUUGUAGAAUCGCUAGUUCUUUGGGCUGCAAACAGCCGUCACUAAACUACGCCACGUCUUUCAGAAGACGCCAUUUUAUGCUCCUCCACUCGGCCGGAAAUACACUCCAUAUCUCAAUAGCGGCAUUGUGUCUUUUUCUUUCUUUUUUCCCUUUUACUGUUUGAAAUGGAUUUGAUUUUGUUCUCGCUCCUUUCUUUGUAAUUAUUGUUUUUUUUAUGAUUGUUAAUUACUAUCCGACUGACCAAAUAAAGGGAGUUUUUCUAAAUUCUCUCUCUCUUUCACUUUCACUUUGCAUGCUGAGAGUGUGGGGAAUGGUGAGAGGAGCGCCUUGAAUUAAGUGUAUUUCGAUAUUUUCUCUUUUUCUUUCUUUAAUAUUUCAUUUCUGUGUGCAUGUGUGCUUUCUUGUCUUAACAUUAGACUUGGUGGAGGCUGUUCUUAUGUUGAGUAAGUAGUGUUAGUUUAGUGAAACUUCGUGGCGGAUGGAGGAGAUGGAGUCUCACCCGAGUGGGUCUGAAGGAAAUUAAAGAUUUAUUGGAAAGACAGUCAGUUGAGGUUCAGAAUUUCUUUCCAGAUGUUGACUGAUUUCUGAAAUCAGUCAUUAAAAUACAGAAGACUGCUAGUUUUGAUGAAUUAAGCAAAAGGAAAAUAUUUAGACUGAAAAAAAAUUGUGACAAAAGUAAGAAGAGGAAAGAUGUUGGUGAAAAAGUUUUCAAAAUAAUGGCAAAGUCAUAAAGUCUACCCUGCUCUGUUCUUCUCUUUUCUCCUGCUGUCUGUCUUCCUCUCUUCUCCCUUUCCAUGGAGAGCCUAAAGAUAGGAACAAUUCAUAAUAAUGGAAGGAGGGAUUACAGAAAAAGGGCAGUUCUAUAUGAAUGCAUUUAAAAUAAAAAGAUUGUCACUUUUCUGCAAGAAACUCAUAGUGAUAUAGCUAAUGAAGUAGAAGGGAAAAUGUGGUGGGAAGGUAAAAUCUUUCUACGUCAUGGCACCAACCUUAGUGGAGGUGUUGCAAUUCUGUUCUCAAAGAAGCUCAGUGUGACUCUUUUAUCUUCAUAUGAGAUAGAAAAGGGCUGAGUUUUGGUUGUGCAUGUGGAGUUAAUGGGAUUCCCUUUUCUUUUCAUUAAUGUUUACGCACCAAAUAACAGAACAGAAAGGGUGAAGCUAUUCACAAAAUUACAAAGUGUUUUAGGAAAACGCGAUGGUGCAUGUAUAGUUCUCGGGAGUGACUGGAAUUGUACUCUAGAUCAUACUCUAGACAGGAAUGGAGAAGAACCUUGUCCUUCAUCUGCUAAUUCAUUAAGAAAUGUCAUUAGAAAGUAUGACUUGUUUGAUGUAUGGAGAGUGGAACACCCAGUAGCGAGGCAGUACACAUGGGUUAAAGCCUCCCAUGAUCAUAUUAGUGCUGCAAGGCUAGAUCAAUUUUAUCUUAGUAAAAAUAGUAGUAGCCGAGUUUUGAAGGCUAAUAUUUUUCCAAAUGGAUUUACCGAUCGUUAUUUAUGUACGAUUGGUGUAAGCUUUAAAAAGUCACAGCGCUCUAGUUAUUAUUGGCAUUUUAAUCUUAAGCUUUUACACAAUACUUUAUUUUGUGAAAAGUUGGGGUUAUUUUGGUCUAGGUGGCAGGAAUGAAAAAAUGAUUAUGAAGAUUUAGUGCAAUGGUGGGAGGUGGGGAAAGCUCAAAUAAGAAUAUUUUGUCAGAACUAUACAGCUCACUCAAGUAGUCUUGUUAAGAGCACUGUCAAAGAACAUGAGAAAGAAAUUAGUGAAAUUGAAGACAGAUUGAUGAUAAUUCUGAUAAAGUGGAAAAAUUAGGAGAAAAGAGGAAAGCUUUGGCAUCUCUGUUUCACGAGCAAGCAAAAUGAUCUUUAAUUAGGGCUCGUUUUUCUUCUUUAAGGAAAAUAGUUGCUCCUAGCUCUUUUUUUUUCAAUUUGGAGCAAAAACAAGGAGAAGUAAAAUGUAUGCUUCACUUGAAACACUUGAAAUCUAAUCCAAAAGAAAUGAGAAAACUUGCAAAAGACUUUUUCACCGACUUGUUUAAAGCAGGAGAGUGCGAUAUUAAUUUCAUGGAUGAUCUACUAAGAGACCUGCCAAAGUUGAUGAACUGCUGACCAGUUGCAGAAGAGCAGUUUUGCUUUAUUACCCAAAAAAAGAGACCAGUAGCAAUACUGUGCACAGACUACAAAAUCCUUGCUAAGUGCCUUUCAUAUAGAUUAAAAAAGCUUUUAGAAUAUGUUAUUAAUGAUUAUCAGACCUAUUGUGUGCCAAACAGGACAAUAAUGGAUCAUAUUUUUCUUGUAAGUGAUGUGAUAAAUAUAGCUAAUAAUGAUAAUGAAGAUCCGGAUUUGAUUCAGUCUAUCAAGCUCUAUUAAGAAAUAAGGGCUCUUAACUAAAUUCCCCCUUAAAUACAAGCUAAAAUAAGAUUCCCUUUUUUUUUUUUUUUUUUAACUUUUAACAUUUUAUGAUUGAAACAUGUUUAACUUUCUAACAUUUUAAUCUGUGCAUCCGUUUGUGUGUAUAAUUUAUUUGUGUGCAUGUGUCUAAAAUGACUAUAUUUAGAGAUAAGUGUACAUGCUGAGUGUUUAUAUGUCCAUUUGUUGUGUGUGUAUAAGUUAACUUACAUAUUUACAUUCACACAAUAUGUAGACACAUAACACCACAUACUGUAGAUAUAAACUGAAAGCAGGUGGGAUCAUGCACGAACAUCUUCAUUACUCUAUAUGUGUGUUUGCAUGUGUGUUUUUCAGUUGGUAUUAUAAGAAAAAGUGUGUGUAUGUGUGGUUGUGUGUGUUCUUUGACUCCACCUCCUGAUUUCCUCCUCUGUGGACUAAACCAGUUCCGGUUUAAGUGAGACUCCAUUUUGUGGAAUAAGGAAGCAAAUCAUUGGCAGGAGAAAAACACAGUUUACAGGUGUAAUCUGUAGGAGGAGACAUGACCUCCAAAAUGAGUGUGUCUGUGAAACAGGACUUAAAGAAAGAUGAGAGUCUGAUUCAGGGUGAGAGAUCAGACUCACCUGAACCCAGCUGUGUGUCCAUGAAGAGUGACGCGUCAAUGAAUCCUCCAAUACGCUUCAGAGACAGUGACAGUAUGACUGAUCUGAGAUCAUUACAGAGAAAGAGAUCAGACUCACCUGAACCCAGCUGUGUGUCCAUGAAGAGUGACGCGUCAAUGAAUCCUCCAAUACGCUUUAGAGACACAGACUGUGCUACUGAUCUGAGACCGCAGAUGAAUAAAUCAGAACUCCCUGAGAAGAGUCAUUUGGAGGCCAUAUUCAAGGAUCUGGAGCACAAAGUCAUCAGUCUGUUAAAGAAUGAGCUGAAGAGAUUUAAGAAGCUCCUGAGUCCAGAUUACCCAGCAUGCUCUGAGAGGGAGGUGGAGGAUGAGGAGGAUCAGAGCAGUGUCAGAGAGGGAGCGCUGAAGAUCACACUGCACGUCCUGAAGAACAUGAACCACACAGAUCUCGCUAACACACUGCAGAACAAACUCGUCUCUGUGUACCAUCGAAAACACAAAUCCAAACUGAGAGAGAAAUGUAAAAGAAUUAAUGAAGGAAUCUCACAGCAUGGAAGCUCAGCACUUCUGAAUGAGAUCUACACAGAUCUCUACAUCACAGAGGGUGGGAGUGGAGAUGUCAGUAAUGAACAUGAGGUGAGACAGAUUGAGACAGCGUCCAGGAGACCAGCAACACAGGAGACACCCAUCAAAUGUAAUGAGCUCUUUAAAGACAAGUCCAUCAGAAGUGUGCUGACUAAAGGAGUUGCUGGAAUUGGAAAAACAGUCUCUGUGCAGAAGUUCAUUCUGGACUGGGCUGAAGGAAAAGCAAAUCAGGACGUCACCUUCAUGUUUCCACUUCCCUUUAGGGAGCUGAAUUUGAUGAAGCAGAAAAAUUUCAGUCUGAUGAAUCUUCUUCAAAACUUUUUCCCAGAAAUAAAAGAACUACAAUUAAUAGACUGUAAUGUUCACAAAGUGAUAUUCAUCUUUGAUGGUCUGGAUGAGUGUCGACUUCCUCUAAAUUUCCAGAACAAUGAGAGGUUGUAUGAUGUGACAGAGUCAGCCUCAGUGGAUGUGCUGCUGACAAACCUCAUCAAGGGGAAUCUGCUUCCCUCUGCUCUCCUCUGGAUAACCUCUCGACCUGGAGCAGCCAAUCAGAUCCCUCCUGUGUGUGUAGACCAGGUAACAGAGGUACGAGGGUUCAGCGAUCCUCAGAAAGAGAAGUACUUCAGGAAGAGGAUCAGUGAUCAGAGCCUGGCCAAUAAAAUCAUCACACACAUGAAGUCUUCAAGAAGCCUCUACAUCAUGUGCCACAUCCCAGUCUUCUGCUGGAUUUCAGCCACUGUUCUAGAGAGAAUGUUGGGUGAAGCAGAGAGUGGAGAGAUCCCCAAGACUCUGACUCAAAUGUUCACACACUUCCUGAUCUUUCAGAUCAAACACAAGGACCAAAAGUACCGUCAGAAAUGUGACCCUGAUCCUCAGAAGACCAGAGAGAGUAUCCUGGCACUGGGAAAACUGGCUUUCCAACAGCUGGAGAAAGGAAACCUGAUCUUCUAUGAGGAAGACCUGAGAGAGUGUGGCAUUGAUGUCAGAGAAGUGUCAGUGUACUCAGGAGUGUGUACCCAAAUCUUCAGAGAGGAGUUUGGGCUUCACCUGGGGAAGGUGUUCAGCUUUGUACAUCUGAGUGUUCAGGAGUUUCUGGCUGCUUUAUAUGAAUUUCUCUCUUUCAUUAACAAAAAGAAUGCAACACAUCAAACCUGGUUUGGUCUUUUAACCAAAUCAAACAUGUCUGAUUUCCUGAGGAGUGCAGUGGACAAGGCCUUACAGAGUGAGAAUGGACACCUGGACCUUUUCCUCCGCUUCCUUCUGGGUCUCUCACUGGAGUCCAAUCAAACUCUCUUACGAGACCUAAUUCCCCAGACAGGAAGCAGCUCUCACAACAAACAGGAAACAGUCGAGUUCAUCAAGAAGAAGAUCAGGGAGAAUCCAUCUCCAGAGAAAUCCAUCAAUCUGUUUCACUGUCUGAAUGAACUGAAUGAUGAUUCUCUAGUACAGGAAGUACAGCAUUACCUGAAAAGUAAAGAUGACAAUCGUCUCAGUGGAGUCAGACUCUCUCCUGCUCAGUGGUCAGCUCUGGCGUUUGUGUUGCUGAACUCAGACGAGAAUCUGGAUGAGUUUGAUUUGGAGAAAUAUGACAGAUCAGAGAAAUGUCUUCUGAGGCUGAUGCCCGUGGUCAAAGCAUCCAGAAAAGCUGAGCUGCGUGACUGUAAUCUCACAGAGGAAAGCUGUAGAGCUCUGUCCUCAGUUCUCAGCUCAAACUCCUCCAGUCUGAGAGAACUGGACCUGAGUUACAAUAACCUGCAGGAUUCAGGAGUGAAGCUGCUCUCUGCUGGACUGGAGAAUCCACACUGUACACUGGAGACACUGAGGCUGGAACGCUGCAGUAUUACAGGUGAAGGUUGUGCUGCUCUGGUUUCAGCUCUGAAGUCAAACACCUCAUCACACCUGAGAGAACUGAAUCUGAACCUCAAUAAACCAGGAGAAUCAGGAGUGAAGCUGCUCUCUGAUCUACUGAAGGAUCCACACUGUAAACUGGAGACACUACAGCUGUGUUACUGUAAUCUCACAGAGGAAAGCUGUAGAGCUCUGUCCUCAGUUCUCAGCUCAAACUCCUCCUGUCUGAGAGAACUGGACCUGAGUCACAAUUAUAACCUGCAGGAUUCAGGAGUGAAGCUGCUCUCUGCUGGACUGGAGAAUCCACACUGUACACUGGAGACACUGAGGCUGCGUGUGUGUAAUCUCACAGAGGAAAGCUGUAGAGCUCUGUCCUCAGUUCUCAGCUCAAACUCCUCCAGUCUGAGAGAACUGGACCUGAGUGACAAUAAACUGCAGGAUUCAGGAGUGAAGCUGCUCUCUGCUGGACUGGAGAAUCCACACUGUACACUGGAGACACUGAGGCUGGAAUGUUGCAGUAUUACAGGUGAAGGUUGUGCUGCUCUGUUUUCAGCUCUGAAGUCAAACACCUCAUCACACCUGAGAGAACUGAAUCUGAACCUCAAUAAACCAGGAGAAUCAGGAGUGAAGCUGCUCUCUGAUCUACUCAAGGAUCCACACUGUAAACUGGAGAAACUACAAUGUAAGCCGCUUUAAUUCUGAUCUGAUCUGAGUCUCACACACAGAGGAUGAUGAGGAGAAACUCUUACAGUACAAAGUGUUGGAAAAACAUUAUCAUUUAGUGAUAAUCAGAUGGUGUACAACAUGUCAGCACUUCUGCUUCUCUAGUUGUUUGUAAAAAUGCACCAGCUGAGAUAAAUAAACUUUAACUGUACAGUAAUGAAUCUUUUCUUAUUAACAGCAAAACAGAAACUGUAAAUGCACUUAUAAUGUCAUUUAAUAGUUUUGUAUAUACAGUAUGUUCAUGUUUUUCCAUUUACAUGUAGCAGAAGGAAACAUUUAUGUUUAAAACACAUUAUAAAUAUCUUAUAGUAUCAGUUCAAUGCAGUAAUUUGGUCAUUGCUCAAAGUUAUACACGGUUUAUACACUGAGUUAAAGUAAUUUGUUUCCUACUGAAGUUGUUAGAAAAUUAAGAUUAGAAAAGUUUAAUUUAGUUGAUUAUGUACAUAAUUAUGUUUCAAAUUUAUUAAAUCGUGUGUUUAUAUAUA